AUGGCGACUCCGGUCUCGGCCUUUGUGGGGAACACGGCCUUUGCGCGAACAACGAACCUACAUAUGGCUGGCAUUGCCGACGAAGUUGAUGAGUCGAUUGGUAUCGAUGCCAUUCGACGUGCUAUCAAUUACCAACCAGGCGCAGCCUCCACCGAAUUUGGUCGUAAAUACAAGCACUUGGUGGGUGCCAAAAUCAAGACAGUCGGCGAAGCCUUUGCUGAUUUCAGCAGCGAACUCGGGGUCACUGUCAAUCCCUUGUACAAGAACAUGGUUACGGAUAUUGUCGGUACCACGCACCUGGUUAUUGUCAAUGCUCGUUUCCAACGCGAUGCGAUCUGGUCUCUGGGAAUUUUGACCGCUCUGGACUUGUUGCUCAAGAAUUACCCCGAACCCGAAGUCGGCGCCAAGAUUGUGUCGGCCUUGUUCAAAUCCGUCGGCUUGGACGAGGACGAAAUCCGCAACGAAGCAAGAACGAUUUCCGAUUGGGCCGUGGGCAAGAGCAAGGCGGACAUUGAAACCGCCUUGACUGGAGAAGGAGAUUCUCCCGUCGCGGCGAUUGCCAACAGCAUCAAACCAAACGACUACUGGAUGUACAGCCGGUACUUUGGCAUUGGCCUCAUCAAGAUCAUGGAAUCGACCGGCGUGGAAAUGGACAAGGAUGAAGUCUACCCCGUUAUGGAGAGCUGGAUGCAAGAGAAAUUGGGGCGAUCGUCUCUGACGGCAUGCGCUGACAGCGAUUUGUACUUUAAGAUCAAAGAUAAGCUUGACAUGAUGGAGACCAUGAUGAAGGAGAUCGAGAUUCGUGAAAAGAAGCGCAUGGCUGAGCGACUUGAAGACAAGGCCGAGGCCGCACUGCGUGCUGCCGAUCGGGAAGUCAAGAUGCAAGCCGAAAUCGAAGCCGAAGCAGCCGCUUCGCGCGAAAAGACCGAGGUAUAA